AUGGAUGUGCCCGAGCCAGACCAGUCGCCCUUCACUGCGGUGACAGCGCACACUUCCAAACUCACCAGACACUACCAAGCCUAUCUGGAUGCCUCCACUCCUUACGCUACCUACCGCUGGGUUGGAUCUGGUGUUCUCCUUCUCCUCUUCUUCCUGCGGAUCGUCUUCGCGCAAGGAUGGUAUAUCGUGGCCUACACCCUCGGCAUCUACCUCCUGAACCUCUUCCUCGCCUUCCUUACUCCCAAAUUCGACCCCUCCCUCACCCAAGACGAAGGACUUGAGGACGGCGACGCCGGCCCCAGCCUCCCUAGCAAAUCAGACGAUGAGUUCCGUCCUUUCAUCCGCCGUCUUCCCGAAUUCAAGUUCUGGCACUCGGCCACUCGCGCCAUCGCCAUCGGCUUCGUAUGCAGCUGGCUUCCCAUGUUCGAUAUCCCCGUCUUCUGGCCCGUUCUAGUGGUGUACUGGAUCAUCCUCUUCGUCUUGACGAUGCGUCGCCAGAUCCAGCACAUGAUCAAGUACCGCUAUGUGCCAUUCUCGUUUGGCAAGACGCGGUAUGGACGGUCAUGA